AGCCCGCAUUCGCGUAAUCGCUAUUUUCGGCACCCCGUCUGUACUCUAUAUAUUUUUCUUACCCCCGAGACCUGAAAAUGUUAUCCAAUUUUAUUCUCGAAAAAUCUCAGUCAUCUGGAUCGCUCACGAGUUUUACUACACGUUACAAUAUUUAAUACAAGACGAGUCCAUUUGUAUAAUAUUUUAUAAUUUAUUUUUAUUAAUUAAUAUUACAAGUAUUUAAGUUAGUUGGUGUAAGUAACGAGUUUUCUUCCGUUUGUUCAUUUUUUUAUAUUGGAUGAUCUCCAAAAGAGCUUGUCGACAUAAAAUUGAGUAUGAAAACCAAAAUACCGAUGGAAAAAACGAAGAGAAGAUCAAUAAAAGUACUGAAGAUAAUAAUUAUGAAGCGUAUGGCAUUUGGUACUAGAAUAAAAUCAACGCCUAAGCAAACAAUAAAUGAGUGUAAUCACUCGACACUACAAUAACAAUAUUCCUCAUUAUCACCAACCAACAAAAUACAAAAUACUAUAUUUUUAUUAAAACGAUAAUAUACAAAUAAUAACAAACGAUAAACAAUAAAAGUCAUGAAGCUAGUGAAUUUGGGUGCUACGGCGAUAAACUACCUCCUUUUUAUGUACAAAUUGUUGAAUACCGAAUUGAUUUUAUUAUCCUCAAGAUACAAAGUAUAAAUUUAUUUAAAUAAUUAUCAUAUUUAUCAACCAAUUUAUUAAUCAAUCAAAUAAACACACUAAUUAUUUAUAUUAAUUAAAAUAAAGUGUGUGAUGGUAUAGCAUACUCUCGUUAAAUUGCCAACGCAUGUACAUAUAAAUGUACAUAUGAUACAUGUAAAAAUGUGUAUAUAUUAAUUGUAUAUACACCUAAAGUUAUUUAAACUGUAAAAAAAAAAACCAGAAGCGUAAGAGAGUGGAUGGAAUUGUUGAUAAAAAAUCUUAUCUAGAUGAGAAUAAUUUGUUGCGUUAUUUUAGCGAUUGUAAAAAUAAUUAACUAGUAAUUAGGAAAAGGAAGAAGUGGAAAUUAAUAUAGAUAAGAUAAGAAUCUGCUAAAAUGUCUGAACCGUACGAUCCAGAAUUUGUUUGGCUGGUAGUUGUUGGUUUUAUUGUUGCAUUUGUAUUGGCAUUUGGUAUUGGAGCUAAUGAUGUUGCUAACAGUUUUGGAACGAGUGUUGGUGCUGGAGUACUCACUAUUGUACAGGCAUGUGUACUUGCGACGAUAUUUGAAAUUGCUGGUGCUGUUUUGAUCGGAUACAAGGUGUCCGACACCAUGAGAAAGGGAAUCCUGGAUGUUGGUUUAUAUGAAGGAUUCGAAAAAGAAUUUAUGAUCGGCUUACUUUGUAGUCUCACUGGUUCCGGCAUCUGGCUGCUCUUUGCCACAGCACUGAGACUACCGAUCUCUGGUACUCAUUCAAUUGUCGGUGCUACUGUUGGUUUUUCACUUGUCUGCAGGGGUACUGCUGGUGUGAGAUGGAUGGCCUUAUUAAAUAUAGCUGGAUCAUGGUUCGCAAGUCCAAUACUCAGUGGUACUGUAUCAGUAUUAAUAUUCUGGUUGAUUAAAAAGUCAAUAUUACAAACUAGAAAGCCCCUUGAACAAGGUCUUCGUAUCCUGCCAAUUUUUUAUGGCCUCACUGUGUCCGUUAAUAUUUUAUCUGUUAUUUUGGAUGGACCAAAACUUUUACUGCUGGAUAAAAUACCGACGUGGUCUAGUGGAGUAGCUGCACUGAUAGCCGGCUUAUUAGCUGGAAUAAUAGUCUAUGUCUUUGUGGUACCGGUUCAACGUCGACGUAUUUUGCUGACAAAUCCCAUAGACCCGACAAAUUUUGGGGCUUGCGACAGCAAGAAAGAAACAACGCCGCUGUCAGUCAUAACGGAGACACCUACUACGGCAAAUAACACUAAAGUAGUGCAGUCUGGUGAUCAGCCAGGUCUCAGAGGCAACAGUAGCGCUAGUGCACUAUUAUUAACAACCGGAGCUACUGAAAUCAGCGAUGACGUUGGCGAUCCUAUUGAUACACAGAAUCAUACUGAAGACAAUCCCGAGGUAGCCAGACUGUUUUCAUUUCUCCAAGUCCUCACCGCGGCUUUCGGAAGCUUCGCACACGGCGGUAACGAUGUCAGCAACGCUAUCGGGCCGUUGAUUGGCCUCUGGGCGGUUUAUGCCGAAGGAUCAGCUAGACAGGAGACUGAAACACCGCUGCUGAUUCUUCUCUAUGGGGGAGUCGGUAUAUCUGUUGGGUUGUGGAUAUGGGGAAGACGCGUAAUCCAAACUCUUGGUCAGGACCUUGCUAAAAUCACGCCCACCACUGGUUUCACUAUCGAGGUUGGUGCUGCACUAACAGUACUGCUGGCCAGUAAAGCCGGUCUGCCAGUAUCCACAACUCACUGCAAAGUUGGAUCCGUCGUCUGCGUAGGCUGGGCUUCACGUGGUGGCGAAGGAGUAUCCUGGUCACUCUUCCGCAAUAUCGCUUUCGCCUGGUUGAUAACAGUACCAGCUGCCGGAUUACUUUCUGCCGGCUGUAUGAUUGCCAUGAAACAAGUUGUAGAAAUGUGAUAAUUGUUUUGUUGCUAUUUUUGAAAACAAAAAAAACGUUAUUAAUUAAUUAAUUAAUCAUUAUUAUUAUUGUUUAUCAUAAAGUAUUAAUUAUUAUUAUUAUUGUAAGCUCAUCGCUCACCGCGAUCGCUUGAAUUGUCAAUAUCGCGCCAUUUAAUUAUU